GCUCAGAGAGGGCGCGUUGGGGCUGCCGCGGGGAAGCCGCCGACGCCGCAGCGAGGCCUGCCGAGGGGGCGGGGCCUACCGGGAAGGGGCGGGGCGAGCCGAGUCGGGCGGCGGCGGACCGGCAGCCUGCCGGGUGGACGGCGACGGGGGGACGGGCCGGGCCCGGCCGGGCGCGCGCCGUGCCGCCGCCAUGACAGAGCAGACCUACUGUGACCGCCUGGUCCAGGACACACCUUUCCUAAUGGGCCAGGGAAGCCUCAGUGAGCAGCAGGUGGACAGGAUUGUCCUCCAGCUGAAUCGUUACUACCCUCAGAUCCUCAGCAACAAGGAUGCAGAGAAGUUCCGGAACCCCAAGGCGUCCCUGCGCGUGCGGCUCUGUGACCUCCUGGGCCAUCUGCAGCGGAGCGGCGAGCGGGACUGCCAGGAGUUCUACCGGGCCCUGUACAUCCACGCCCAGCUACUGCACAGUCGCCUGCCCAGCCGGCUCAGCCCGCAGAACUCAGAUUGCACAGAGCUAGACUCAGGCACCGUGGGCCGCGAGCUCAGUGACAGGGGGCCCGUGGCCUUCCUGGCCUGCCUCGGCCUGGCCGCGGGGCUGGCGCUCCUCGUCUACUGCGGCCCUCCAGACCCCAAGGUGCUGCCGGGGGCCCGGCGUGUCCUGGGCUUCUCCCCCAUCAUUGUCGACAGGCACGUCAGCCGCUUCCUGCUGGCCUUCCUCACAGACGACCUGGGAAGGCUCUGACGCCCCCGCCCGCCCGCCUGGGGGCCUGCCGCUUCUUUUCUAAAUGCUUGUUUUUCACUAUUUGUACUUUUUUAAGAAAGUUACCUUCACCUGACAAAGGUACUCAACAAUAUUAAAUGUUGGAGUCUUGUCCUUUU